AUGACGCCCCCACGCAAGAAGCAAAGACUGUCUCUGGACGCUGCAGAGGUCAAGGCUGCAGUUGAGAGCGCCACCGAGGCCGCCGUCGAGAGCAAUGCCGUCACCAAGGUCGUCUCCAACAAGGAAAGCGAAAUCGAAGCCGCUGCUCAGCGCCGCUCGCUCUUCGUUCGUUCGCUGCCCGAGUCUGCCACCUCCGAGUCCCUGACCGAGAUCUUCUCCGCCUCUUUCCCCAUCAAGCACGCCGUCGCCGUUACCGACAAGGAGUCCAAGAAGUGCAAGGGUUAUGGUUUCGUCACUUUCGCCGACGCCGAGGACUGUCAGAAGGCAAAGGAGGAGUUCAACGGAUUUGCUGUCGAUGGAAAGAAGUUGCGCUGCGAGGUCGCCGAACCCAGACACCGUGAGAAGGGUACCGCUGCCGUUCCUUCGGCCGGCGAGAAGUUCAGAGAGGGCCAGGCCAAAGAGCGCGCUGCCGCCCAAGUCCCGAGACUUAUCGUUCGUAACCUUCCUUGGAGCAUCAAGUACCCGGAUCAACUGGCCAAGCUCUUCCAGAGCUACGGAAAGGUCAAGCACACUGUCCUCCCCAAGGGCAAGACUGGACUUCUGCGCGGUUUCGGUUUCGUCAUCAUGCGCGGCAGACCCAACGCCGAGAAGGCCAUCGAAGGUGUCAACGGAAAGGAGAUUGACGGAAGACAACUGGCUGUUGAUUGGGCUGUCGACAAGGAGACUUGGGACAACACCCCUCAAGAGGAUACCAAAGAGAAGGACGCCACCAUGGAAGACGCCACUGAGGACGAUGCCGCCGAUGGUGCCAACGAACACAUUAUGGACGAGGAUGACGACGAGUCUGGUUCUGACGACGAUGACGAGGAUGAGGACAUGGACGACAUGGAUGAUGAGGACGACGAGGAUGUCAAGCCGAGAACAGAGGACAACUCGUCCACCCUUUUCAUUCGCAACCUGCCUUUCUCAUGCACCGACGAGGAUCUCGAGGACCACUUUACUCAAUUCGGCUCAGUCCGCUACGCAAGAAUUGUCGUCGACCAAGAAACAGAGCGCCCCAGAGGUACUGGUUUCGUCUGCUUCUACGAGCUCGACGACGCCGACAAUGUUCUCAAGAACGCACCCAGACAUCAACCUCCCCGCUUGAACGACCCCAAGGCCAAGGAUGGGUCCAUUCAGAUGACCCACUCGGUUUUGCAAAACGAAGACGCCGACCCCACUGGCAAGUUCACUCUGGACGGACGCGUCCUGCAAGUGUCCCGUGCCGUCAACAAGAACGAGGCCAACCGCCUGACAGAGGAGGGUGCCGCCAACCGCUUCAAGCGUGACACAGACAGAAGACGCCUAUACCUGCUGUCUGAGGGAACCAUUCCUUCCAACUCACCAUUGUACGAGCAGCUCCCUCCUUCAGAGAGAACCAUGAGAGAAGCCAGUGCCAAGCAGAGAAAGACCCUCAUCGAGAGCAACCCUUCCCUACACUUGAGUCUGACCCGUCUUUCCGUCCGUAACAUUCCCAGAUCCAUCACAUCCAAGGACUUGAAGCAGCUUGCCAGAGAAGGUGUUGUUGGUUUUGCUACCGACGUCAAGGAGGGCAAGCGCCAGCGUCUCAACAGAGAAGAGCUCAGCAGAGGUGGUGAAGAGGACACAAAGGCCGAGGCCGAUCGCAAGAAGCGUGCCAAGGGUAUCGUCAAGCAAGCAAAGAUCGUCUUUGAAGGUCGCGAGGGCGCCAAAGUAGACGAGAAGAGUGGCGCGGGCCGCAGUCGCGGAUACGGUUUCAUCGAGUACUACACACAUCGUUCGGCGCUGAUGGGUCUCCGUUGGUUGAACGGUCACGCCAUCGGUUACCAAGCACAAGAACAGAAGGGCAAGGGCAAGAUGUCGCAAGAAAUGAUCGCCGAGCGCAAGAAGCGAUUGAUCGUCGAGUUCGCCAUCGAGAACGCACAGUUUGGCGCUGGCGACCGCGGCAAAGGAGGCAAGUUCGACCGCAAGCGCAAGCGAGAUGGAAAGGACGAGGCUCCUGUUGAGGAGGAGAAGAACAAGAAGGCCCCUGCAGAUGAGAAAUUGGCGAAGCGUCAGCAAAUCAUUCAGAAGAAGCGUAUGGCUCGCCGUGCCCGCAAGCAGGGAGGUGCCUAA